UUUUUGUCGAGUAAUUACUGUGCUGCAGAACAUAAAUCGCGCAGAAUAAACUUAAGUUUAUCAUAUCUGCGUCAGAAAUAACUAAUCGCGGUUAGGGGCGAAUAAUAUAAUUACCGACCUUCAGAAUCGCGAUAACUUUGAGACAAGUGAACGCACCACUAGCUAUCGGCCCGGGUAAAUCAAACGGUUGGUUUGGUUCGGUUGGGAGUUCGGGAGAGCCACAGGGACAGUUCUUUUUGGGGCGUUCAGCACGCGGACACUAUAGUGUGUAGAUGUCAGUUACCCGCUGAAUAAAACUACCGCGGAUUUUGAAAAGGUCAGGUUAAGCAGCAGAUUUCACUGACCAACAUGGGGGAUUGCAGUGACUACAGUGAUACUGAUGACGACUUGCCAGUUUAUGACUUCCUCAAGCCCAUGCAGUCCGUCAACCAAUCUCCGCAGAGUCAUGCAGAAGGACCCAACAUUCAUGUAAACGGUACCGGCAAGGCCAAGAGUUCUGCUUGCCCGAGAAAAGUAGAAGUGAUCAUCAGCAGUGACUCUGAUGAUGAGCCAUAUGUCCCUCUGGCACAGAGACUAACCAAAGUAACCUCGCCUCCUCUGGCUCCAAGCACUGCCAGUCACGGCCUCAUGGCGCAGAGUACCAUACCACAUGCGUACCAGCCACUUUGUUUGCCUCAGACUAUUGCACAUAUGAAGGCUCAGUCCCGGCCGACCAAGAGGACUGCUGAGGAACUCCAUGGCUCCAGGGAAGAGGCAGUGAAGAGGAAUCAGGCAGGAAUGGCACAUCGACGGGAUAAGGAGGCGCUUAAACUGGAGAAUGAGGCCAAAAAAGCAGAGCGGAAAGCUCAGAUGGAAGCUGCCAAAGCUUUAAGACCUGAGGAGUGUAUCAAGCACAUGGUUGUUGCUGUGGAUCCAGCUCUCUUACAGCUGGAAGGAGGUGGAGCUUUACUGGCAUCAAUACAGGCGCUUGGUUCCAGUUGUGCCAUUGAAAAACAGCCCCUGCCUCGAAGCAUCACCUGGAUGAGGAGGGCCCCAGGCGCUCAGACUUUAGACAGUGUGUGUUUGCCGGAAGCUCACGUGGUGAUGCACAUGACCGUGGAGGACUUCAUCACUCUCAUCCACAGUUACGUCCAGGAAGAGAGGCACGGGAGGUCAGAGUGCAGCCCCACGCUGACCUCAUGGGUGCAAGCGCACCAGAGGCGACAACCUGACAAGAUCCUUAGCUUGGCGGUCGUCGACCUGGAGAAGUACUUCAGACACCACAAAGGUCAGAGCCAGAAGAGGCUCAGAGAGGCUGUCACAGGUGACGAACCAGGACCGGCGAAGAAAGGAGCCAAGAAGAAGAAGCCUGAUGGUGUGGAGGCUCUGCCAGAGGUGUCACGGGUCAACAUCGAGGAGGCUAUGGUCCACCUACAGAUGCACACUGGUGUCUGUGUGCGCUUCCUGCCGUCAUGGAAGGACUUUACUGAACACAUUGCCAUGGCUACCAAAGCAGUAGCAGAAGGACCCUUCAAGCUGGAGCGGGAAAAAACAGGCUUCACAUUCCACCUGGACUCUGAAUGGGCUGGCGGACACCGGGUGGACAAGAGUGGCAAAGGACUGCUGCAGGUGUGGAAGAGGCAGAUUCAGCAGUUGAACAGAGUCAGUCCAGAUAUGGCGUCGGCCAUCCUUGCCACUUAUCCUUCCCCUCAGCUGCUCGCCAAGGCUUACAAACUCUGCCGGACAGACGCUGAGAAGAUCUCCCUGCUGGCUGACCUAUUGAUCCGCAGAGGAGAGGGCGUCACUUCCACCACUCGCCGGGUCGGACCAGAACUCUCUAAACGUCUCUUUCUGCUAAUGAACUCACUUGAUCCUGAGCAAAACCUGGACUCAACGGCCUGACCUUGUGGGAACUCAGCUUUGCUUAUAAAUCCAGUCCGUGUGUUUGUUUUCUCUCACAUGUCAGAUGCAGAGUAAGAGUUUAUAAUGUUCUUACACAAACAUGGAACACUAAACCAGAGAAAACAGAGUGUUCUUGCUGUUCCUUGCCGUUUUAAGUGACAGCAUCGUGACAGUGGGGGUGCUCUCUUCAGUUUCACCAGCUGGUUGCUGUCACUCCUGAACAGCUAUUCAUUUUAACUAGCAUCGCUGCAGUACGUGAAUUGUUUGUAAACAGACACAAAACAAGCACUGUCAAGGUGAAACUACGACUUCUGCUUUACCCCAUCUAUUGAAGCUACUAUCCUUGCUGUUGUAUUAAUAAAU